ACCGGCAGGAGGAGGAGGCGCACGGCGGAGGCUUCCCUAUGCCUUUCGCUUCAUUUUCAGGCACAUUUGCAUCAGAAAGGUCCAGUCCCUCAGACAAAGGUCAGAUGCUCUUCAGCGGGAACUUUUCCCUGAAAUCUGACCGCAGACUCAAACUUUCUGCAUCAGAAAAGCAUCUUUCCUCACUGACAUCUCCAAUACACAGGAGCACGGUCUUUUUGCUCACUGCAACACAAUGCAGUUUAAGACACGCGAGGCCAAAACAGAAGGCUGCUGUAUUUCAAGCCCAGGCUCUUACUCCUACAACGCUGCACGUUAAGAAAUGCGUCUCCGAGGGGGCUGGAGGCAGCACACAAGCCGCUGAUGGCACCCCGAGCUCUGCGCGGCCCCUCCCGCCUCAACACCACCAUCUUGCAGCUCGCAGCGCCGGCGCAAAUUCCGCGCAACGCCGCAGGCUGAGGCUGAGCCUCCGUGUCUCCCGAUUCUGUCCGCGGGGGCGGCGUCCGCCGGCGUUGUCGGCGCUCUGCUGCCUGGGCGUGUGUCCGUCCAUCCGUCCGUCCGUCCGUCCGUCCGUCCGUGUGCGCAAGGCGGGGCCGCGCAGCCCGCGCCGGCUGCUGCCAUCUGGGAGCCGGGGCGUGGAGCGGAGGAGGGCGCAGGGGGGGGCCGAGCAUCCUUCAGGCCGAAGCUCCGUUCGUUUCUGCGGGUUCCGUGCCUGCUUUUAG